AGCAGUUCCAUUUCUUUUUUGCAUCUCUUUUUUUCUGCACUAAAUUUUUUACCACUAUAUCAAUUAAAAUGACUUCUUUUGGUACUAUCAUUGGCCCCGUCGAGAGCACUCGUAACUACAAGGCCUGCAUUGUUGCAGCCCUUGCUGGUCUCGACCUCGCUACCACCCCCGCUUUCCAGAUGGGCGUCGACAACAAGACUCCCGAGUACUUGGCCAAGUACCCCGCCGGCAAGGUCCCCGUUUUUGAGGGCGCUGAUGGCUUCUCCCUGACUGACUCGAGCGCUAUUGCCUACUAUACUGCCUUGAAGGCUGGUAGCGAGUCCACUCUGCUCGGCCAGACUGCCGAGGAGACCGCUGAGAUUCUCCAGUACAUCCUUUUCGCCGAGGGUGACUACACCCCUGUCAUGGCUGGUGUCCUGUACCCCCUGCUCGGUUAUCUGAAGUUCUUCAAGCCCGCUCAUCAGCAGUUCGAGGAGCAGUUCUUCCGCUUCCUCGAUGUCCUGAACACCCAGCUCAUUAACCGCACUUUCCUUGUCGGUGAGCGCAUCACCGUUGCCGACGUUGUUGUUGCCUGUGAUUUGAUCAUGGCUUACAAGCUGUACCUGACUAGCGAGGACCGCAAGAAGUACCGUAACCUCACCCGCUACUUCAAGACCAUUAUCGCCCAGCCCGCCUUCAAGGCCGUUGUUGGCGAUGUUGUUCUGUGCGAGAAGCGCAUUGAGCUCGCCGCUCCCGCCAAGAAGGAGAAGGCCGAGAAGAAGCCCGCCGCCGAGAAGAAGCCCGCUGCCGAGAAGCCCAAGAAGGCUGAGAAGCCCGCUGAGGACGACGACGAGGAGGUCGAGGUUGCCGCCCCCAAGCCCAAGAGCAAGCUUGACCUGCUGCCCAAGCCCAACAUGGUCCUCGACGACUGGAAGCGCUUCUACUCGAACAACGAAACCAAGCCCACCGCCAUGAACUGGCUCUGGGAGCACUUUGAUGCUGAGGGUUACUCUUUCUGGAAGGUCGAGUACAAGUACAACGACGAGCUGACCAAGCUGUUCAUGACCAACAACCUCAUCAGCGGCUUCUUCAACCGUCUCGAGCGCGCUCGCAAGUAUGCCUUCGGUAACCUGCUCACUCUGGGCAAGGAUGACGACAACAUGAUCUGGGGCUACUUCAUUGUCCGCGGUCUGGAGGUCCCCGAGGAGGUCACUGACGCUGCCGACUACGAGUCCUACAACUGGACCGCUGCCGACCACACCGACCCCAAGACCCGCGCCGAGAUUGAGGAUUGCUUUGCCUGGGAGGGUCCUUCCCUGCCCCGCGAGUGCUACGACGGCAAGACCUACAAGUAAACCUUUGAUUGCUUGUUUGAGUAGUAGUUGUUGUUUUUCGUGUUUUGAUUUCAAAUGCAAGGAUAAACAACAAAACAAUUGUGAAUGUAUAUGUAUUUGGCAGCU